CCACAACCACAGCCUACAUCCACAGCGUUUUACACUAAAUGUAAAUGGCUUGCAUGAUAGGAUUAAUAACUCCUGUCAAAUUUUAAACUUAAACUUAUAUAAAAAAAUACGAAGAACUAGAAAGAUUCUAUCCAUUAUUUUAAACGUUUUAACCAAAAAUACUAAAAUGAUUACCGGUUCUAAGAGAACUGUUGUUACCAUUUCAAAUGUAUCUACAGCAGCAAAGAAGGCCAAAAACUUAACAAAUGCGAAUAUUGAUAUCGAUAAUAUUAAGAACGACAUACAGAAAAAGCGGGAAGAUACCGCGGAGUCAAUUUUGAACUUUAGUUUUAAUAAGAAGCGCUUAAGAAUAGUUUCACAAGAACAGAUGGUCGCUGAUGAUUGUGAGGGCAUUGUGUAUUGGAUGUCUCGCGAUAGCAGAGUACAAGAUAAUUGGGCAUUUUUGUUCGCGCAAAAGCUGGCUCUUAAAAAUAAAGUACCUCUUCAUGUAUGUUUCUGCUUAAUAGCAAAAUAUUUAGAUGCUUCGGUGAGGCAGUUUGACUUCCUAUUAAAAGGACUUGAACAAGUAGCAGAAGAAUGCAACAAACUAAACAUAUCAUUUCACUUGCUAGAAGGUAGUGGUGGUGAAGUCUUACCACAAUGGGUUUUAGAUCACAAAAUUGGUGCUGUAGUUUGCGACUUCAACCCAUUAAGAGUACCUCUGGGUUGGCUCGAAGAUGCUAAAAGGAAACUGAAAAAAGAUGUACCAUUAAUACAAGUGGAUGCUCAUAACGUUGUUCCGUGCUGGGUUGCAUCAGAUAAGCAGGAAUAUUCGGCAAGGACUAUAAGGAACAAAAUAACAUCCAAACUUGAGGAGUUUCUCACAGAAUUUCCGCCUGUUAUUAAACACCCUUAUACCAGUAAAUUUAAGCCUGAGCCAAUAGAUUGGGAAGAAGCAAUAAAAUCAAGAGAUGCAGAUGAGACUGUGAAGCCAGUAGACUGGGCAACUCCUGGCUAUGAAUGUGCACUGCAGGUUUUGAAGAGUUUCAUUGAUAAACGUUUAAAAAUAUAUGCUACAAAGAGGAAUGACCCGACACAAAAUGCCCUUAGUAAUUUGUCACCUUGGUUUCAUUUUGGUCAAAUAUCAGUACAAAGAGUAGCCCUCUGUGUACAAGAAUAUAAAUCAAAACAUACCGAGAGUGUAAAUGCAUUCCUCGAGGAAGCAAUAGUCAGACGUGAACUAGCCGACAAUUUCUGUUUCUACUGCAAACACUAUGAUAGUAUUGAGGGAGCCAGUGCAUGGGCACAGAAGACACUUAAUGAUCACAAAUUGGAUAAAAAAGCACACAUUUAUAAACUGGAACAACUAUCACAAGCUAUUACUCACGAUGAUCUGUGGAACGCAGCCCAGAUACAAAUGAUGGAGGAAGGAAAAAUGCAUGGAUUUUUACGAAUGUACUGGUGUAAGAAAAUUCUGGAAUGGUCGGAGACACCUGAACAGGCUCUAGAAUGUGCUAUAUAUUUAAAUGACCAUUACAGUAUUGAUGGCAGAGAUCCCAGUGGUUAUGUAGGGUGCAUGUGGUCGAUAUGCGGUAUCCAUGACCAGGGCUGGGCGGAGCGCGCCAUUUUCGGAAAGAUUCGUUACAUGAACUACGAAGGAUGCAAGCGCAAGUUCGAUGUGGCGACCUUCGUGCAGCGAUACGUCCGAAAGACGAGACCAGAGAAGAAUAUAGGCUACUUUUUUUCCCGGAAAAUCUCAGGAGAGCAAAGCAGCAGGUAAAAGCUAGUUUUAAUAUACAUAAUAUAAGAUUCUUCAAGUAAUUAUAAAACGAUAGUAUAUUAAGCUUUUAAGUGUUUUAAAAACAUUAGAUGUUGACGCUUUUGUUGUGCUUUAUACAAUCUUAUGAAUAUUGAUAUCUCUUUCUCGUGUGUGGCGUUAGAAAAGGAUUACUAUCCUGUCUCUUCUGUCAUGACAAUUUAUUUAAUUUAGAUUGUGUACAACAAUAUCGGCACCGUUGUAAAUAUUUUAACUAAGAUUACUAGAAGUAGUUAUAUACAGAAAAAACUUAGCUUUAAAUAAAUCUAUUAUAAAAACAAUGUUAUGUUGAGAUUUCAUAUGUCGAUGGCUUUUUCGUUAUUUUGUUUUUAAUAGAUUAUUUGAUUCUGUUUUAAAGAUCUUUCAAAUCUACCUCUUAUAUUAUAUAAUUAAGUUUAAAUAUAUUUAUUCAGGCCGAAUUUUAUUUAAAAACAUGUUAAAUAUCGGCACUUAUUACAACAAUUGUUUUAAAAGUAAAAGUGAAGUUCAGUAAAACCUUUAUAACGAAAUAUAAAAAUAUAUUUACAGUACUUAUAUAAGCAGUAAAUAUCCGUUAAUCUUGUGUCGUAUGCCAGUUAUAAAAAUAUUUAUUUUGAAUGUUUUUAGUAGGUAUUUAAUUUAUAAGUUUUAAUUGUAUUUUACUAACAUUUUAAGAGUAUUUCUGUGUGUUGAUCAUUUUAAAAAUUAUUACUUAUUAUCAUCUAACGUAAUCACGUCACAUUGUCAAAUA